ACCCUCAGGGCGAGUUCUUGGCAGGUGUCAAGCACUUAGAGUCAGAGAUUUGACACAGUAGAUUUCGCCAUAUCAGCAUAUUUCCGAUCGCCUCCGUCCGUCCAGAACGCGCCCUGACGAAGCGCGCCUAUCGUCGCCUCCGCCGAUGCGCUCGACACGGCCAAGAACGCGCCCUUAGAUGAGCGUGUUAGGCAAUUGAGACCGUCUCAGCGCGUUUCCGCUCGUUCUCGCUACUGUACUUUCACAUCCCCGAUUCCGCCUUUCCACGUGCGAUCCGCCAAUUCAAGGCAGGAGUUUCGAAGCGCAGAGCCUCCGUCGUAUCACGCCGCGUUCGAGCCUUUUCAGUUUUUUCCUUUUUGUGUCGACUAUAAAACCGACAGUUUCCGGCGUAGUUUUCAACUCAUUUGGAAGCUCCGUGUACCGCUACCCUCGAGUUGUUGCUGGUACUGGCACACUUGCGGGCUGCGUCAAACGAGUAGCUCCGAAGUCACAAUGGACCCCUUCGGAAAGGGAGGGGGUUCGAAGGGCGCGACAGCAGCAGCUGCAGCAGCGGACCGCAGAGGGUCGUUGCGGCAACGCAAGGUGGCGGCAGACGUGGUGGCAGUGAUGAUGGAUGAAGGCACCAGGAAACGAGCAGCAGCAGCUCGACUAGAGGCACUAGAGAGUGACUAUACAGGGGUUGAUGCUACUGUAGAUGAUGACGAUGAGGCUUUUAAUGCGGAGGAAGAAUUGGUUCAAGAAGGUUUCGCGCCCGCCAAGCGAGUGAGCCGACCAGGGAAGAGGCGAACAAGGCAGGCUGCAGCAGCGGUGGUGAGCCGAGCGAGCAAGAGAACAGCCAAGACAUUCGCGGAACUGCUGGAGGAGGCCAACCUAGAAGCCCUCCCACCUGGCACCCCGUCCUACCUCACAGCAGCAAUGGGCCCUCCCACCGUCACAUCUGCUCGCCGCUUCUGCUCCGUGUGCGGCACCCACGCUCCCUACACGUGCCCUCGAUGUGGCUCUAGGUUCUGCUGUGUCAGCUGCCAAAGACUGCACAAUGAAACCCGGUGCCUAAAGUUUGUCAUGUGAAACACCGUUUAUGGAAAUGCAAGGGUGCCAGUGGAAAUGUGUUUCUCUCUUGUAUCACCAUCUACACCGCAUGCCUGCCUAUGGUCUGUGUGCAGUACCCGUGCUCCCCUGCUAAUGGUCUGUGUGCGCUACCCACCCACACUCCCUCCCUACACGUGCCCUAUAUGCAGCCCGAAGUUCUGUUGUGUGAGCAGUGCAGUUGGUGGUGUAAACCUUUUUGUAACAGCGUGUCUGUACCUAAUGUUGGCGUAAAGCAUCUUGCACAGCGCACACAUGCUGCUGCUCUGUGUGGUACCACCACCUCCCAUGCUCCCUCCUUUGACGUGUCCAAGGCACA